UGUCCAGUUUGAUGUAGAUAGCAAUGAAAUUUUCAACAUUUGAUUUGUAGUUGAGUUAUCACUAUGUGAAGUUGUGUGAAUUUUCCGGAAUUGAGAAAUUUCCAUCAAAUUCUCACAUUCAAAACAAGAUUUAGAUAUGGCCGCAGUCAAACAACAGAAUAAAAAUUUAAUAGAUUGUUUAAAAUGGCAAAUUAAAUUAUUUCCCAAAAUAUCAUUCUGUUGUUUGCAUGCGGCCACCAUGAAAAAUAUAUAAAACGAUGUUUUUCGAGGCGCGAUUUGAUCGCUUCCGGUUUCGGUUUUUAUAUUCAAAUGACAGCAGCAGACGUAAACAAAGUUGGAACUUGGAUGUCUCAAAAACAGACAAUGUCACGAAUGUGACAGUAGAUUUAUCUAACCAUUUAGCAGAAUGCCUGGAGAUGGCCCUAAACAACAUCCUUGUAUAUCUUGUGGGAAAAGAACCAAAGCUGAUCAAAGACGUUUCAUAAGGCCUGGAUCUUCUGAAUCGUACAAACUAUACCUUCAACAUUUGGGACUUUCUGUUAAUUGUGAAAACUAUGUAUAUGUUACAUGCCUGAACUGUUAUACGAAAUUCUACAAGUCCAUAAAGAAAACUUCAAAAGAAACAGAGCAAGAUUAUGAACCACCGGCAAAGUCUCUGAAAUCAGAUGCCAAAAGUCCGAACAUUAUUCCAUUGCCCAUAGUUUCAUCAGGAAAAAGUCACUCAUCCUGUGUCAUAUGUAAGAAGAGGACAUCAAGGCUCCUCACCCUGUCUGCAGAGAGACGGCAUCAUAUAUUCAUUUUAUCAGGACACCUCCUGCUGUCGGGUGCACGGUGCUGCAGAUCCCACUUAGCACCAGACUUUUCUCUGAAAGAUGAUGCUAUGAGAUGUCUGGAGAACCCAUCUUCUGGCUCCAGGUCGGUACAUGACACCACCUACUUCAACAAAACAGACAUUUUUUCUCUGAUUUCGACAAUAAGAGCAGCAGCAAUUAGAAAUAAGAAAAACAGAUUAGACUUUGACAGCAGCGAUGGCCUCUCUGACGCAGAUUAUGUGAAUUUAACAGGAAUUUCCAGAGCAGAUUUUGAUGAUGUAGUGUCGCAUGUGCAGUCGAUUAGAGCUACGAAGAAUCGCAGCAUCAGAGCCUGUAUUGCUCUUCUACUGGUGAAACUAAGGACUGGUCUUUCCCAUCGAAUGCUAUCAACACUCUUCAACAUUGAAAAAUGUGGUGUCAGAAGGGCAAUAACAACAGCCAGGAGAGAACUUUCUGAGACUUUUACUCCUAAAUAUGUGGGAUUUGAUCAUAUCUCAAGGGAAGAGAUUAUCCAGGACCACACAACGCCACUUGCUAAGGAGCUGUUUGGCAGUGAUCUACACAAUCCAGCUAUUUUAGUUGUGGAUGGAACCUACAUUUUUAUCCAAAAAAGUAGCAACUUUAGGUUCCAACGCAGGUCAUACAGCCAGCACAAAAACCGCCCUCUAGUCAAGCCGAUGGUUAUAGUGUCUACAACCGGCUACAUAAUAUCAGUCCUCGGACCAUAUUUUGCAGACCAGAAAAACAACGAUGCGAGCAUCCUGAAGCACAACAUUCUGUCCAACAUGGAGAACAUCAAAGAUUGGCUGCAUCAGGAGGAUGUCCUCGUAGUGGACCGUGGCUUCAGAGACUCAAUCAGUUUCCUUGACAGCUUGGGAAUCAGAUGCCAGAUAUUCUGCCUUUCUUCCAAAGGGCCAGAAACAACACACAACAGAUGAGGCGAAUACUUCGAGACUGGUCACCAAAAUCCGUUGGAUUGUUGAGUCGGUAAAUGGACGACUGAAACAGUGGAAGUUUUUGCAAAAUGUUGUCCCGAAUACCCAGAUACCCUUCAUCAGGGAUUAUGUGUGCUUGGUUGCAGCUCUCUGUAAUAAGUACAGACAACCCUUAAAUGCUGGAAACCCAGAAAAUGAUGUGAUUUUAGCCGCUAAAAUGAAGUUCUUAGCAUCUCAGACGAACAAACUUCAGGAGAGAGUGGAAUCUGAAGGACUUCACAGAAGAGUCAAGUCAUGGACCCCAAUCAAUGCUGCUGAUUCAUUGGACUUUCCAUGUCUCUCAGAGGAGGAUCUGUGUAAUUUGACUAUCGGUGUUUACCAAUUAAAGCUGGCUAAGGGGUACACUGCUCAGCACAUGGAUGAAGAAGGUGAUUACGUCAUCAUGGUAAAUGCUGAUAUUCCUGAUGUUCUGCGGAUAAGGAUCAAGAGUCGACAUAUUUCAAGUAAACAAUACCUUCUUUGGAUAGAGCACUCAGAGGGAGCUGUUACUGGUUGGUAUUGCCAGUGUCGUGCUGGAGCCAGAGUUGUCGGGGCAUGUGCCCAUGUGGCUUCAGUUUUGUGGUUUCUCGGCUACGAGAGACACAAAAACUUUGCAGUGAAUACUACUCAAGACUGGGCUGACUAUCUUGAAGAUGCAGCUGUGCUUCCCGACUCAUCAGAAAGUGAAAUGAGCACAACUGAAGAGUGACAAGAAUUGUGCCAUUGAUUUACAUCCACUGCAUCAUUUCUUAAGGAGGCUGGGGGGUCAACAAAUUAACCAUAAAUUAACCACCAGAUUUAACUUAUUUUUUAGAUAUGGUAUCUUUUAAUCUGUCAACUAUCAUUUGGCAAAGAAAAAAAAUCAUACAUUUUAGUUUUAAAAUUUUAUCAUUUUUGUAUAUCUUUAAAUGGAGCUCUUCUUUUAAAGGAGAUCAAAAUAGUCUAAAAAUGGCUGCCACACCCCAGCCUCGUUAACAUCUGUUAUAUAAUUGAGAAAUUAAAAAUAGUACAUUGUACAUCCAAAUAACAUAUUAGAUUCAUUGCAUGAGUUUAACAAGUUCAGUUGUAAAUAUUGAAAGAA